AGGCUUCAAGCUUCAAGCUUCAAGCUUCAGGCUCCAGAUAGCUUCUCGAGGUCGCCUUGUUUCCAGAAAGAAUCGGGUGCAUGGGCAGGGCAGGGCAGGGCAGUGGUCGGGGGAAUGAUUCUCGCUUUCCAGAGCUCGGGUUCUCAGACCGAUCAGUAGCAGCGGGCGGCUGCUUUGGAGAGGGAGACAAAGGUGGCUCUCGGCCAGCAUCAGCCUGCCCAUCGGCGCCAUGAUGCCGAAUCGUGUCGGCUGCUCCACGGAAGCAGAGGACUAGAUCUCUAGCCGGAGGGAGGGAGAGAGAGAGAGAGAGAGAGACGUCCUUGCGCCAUUCCUGAUGCGGUCAAGGUUGGGGAAUGGUUGGGGAUGCGUGCGUGGGACGCCUUGUAACACGUCAUAGCAAUCGCACAUAAUACAGGUUAGAGGUCGUAGAUUUGUCACAAUUCCAGCAUGAGCAGCUGACGAAUCUCUGUUUGCGAGCUUGUGGAAAGACGAGGCCAGACGCGAGUAGACACCUGGUCAGAAAGUGCAGGCGUCUUUCCGUCCAAUACGGGCCGGUUGAUUUCGUGAUGUGCAUCAAUUGGGUAUGGUGAGUCGAUUAUGCGCAAACAUAAUCGUAAUCAUGAGCUCAGAGCUUUAGGGACCAGUACCGGGGGAUUUUAAAAGCUCGAGUUUCUCGACGAACACCGCGAGGCUUGAGGUCGACGUCUGGCGACCCAUCUCGCUAUUGUACUCGGUCCAUCUAGCCGGACGUGCAAGAGGGAGUAGAUUCUGACUACGAACUGCAACCAUGGGCGCAGGAGUGGCCCAGGGAGAUUCUGAACAGAAUACGAUGAAGGGGCAUCCGCAAUUGCGGGAUGAUGGUGUUCCAUGUUCUCACAAAUUCAGCCAUGGGCAAAUGGAAGUUCUGGCUGCAAUUUGUAACACCUUCGUUCCUUCGUUGCCUCUGGAGGCCUCUGGACUGGACCCAAAUGGUGACAACUCAGAAGAGAUUCUGGCCAAGUGCAGUAUGGACGGGAUCAGCGCCUUCUACCGACUGGAUGCAGUCACAGCAGACGUUCCUGACAAGGUAGCCAGGCUCUUCGCGCAAAGGAUGAAGGACUUUCCCCUGCUACUGAUCGGAGCCGGAUUGUGGCUGCUCUCGACUUAUCUGGGAACGUUCGCGAUGUGUGGACUUCUCUGUUUGAGCUCUCGCUUCCCGUUCGUCCAUCGAUUUCCCGAUAUGUCUCUCGCGAAGCGCGAGAUGGUAUUGCUCAAAUGGGCGCACAGCCGCAUUCCGAGCCUGCAGAAGAUCUUCAAGCUGUGCAAAGGCUACACUUUGUUCUGCUUCUAUUCCAAGGUUGGAUCGGACGGAUGCAAUCCAUGCUGGAACGCGAUCGGCUACACGGGGCCAGCCGCGGAGCUGCCGCAAGGCGACGAACCGGGUCCCCGGCCGCUGGAGGGCAAAGUGGUGGACGCGGAAGCGGUCGGAGCUGAGGGCCUGCGGUCGGUUCUGGGCGCGGGAGGGUUCAGCCCGCUGGACGAGGCUGCGCUGGCGCGGCUGCGCGCGCUGGCGGCGCAGGACGAGGCGGGCAAGACGAUCGUCGGCGUGCGCUGCGACGCCGUGGUGGUGGGAUCGGGGUCCGGCGGAGGCGUCGCGGCCGGCGUGCUGGCCAGCGGAGGGCAGAAGGUGCUGGUUCUGGAGCAGGGACAGUACUUCGCGCGGGACGACCUCUCGCUGCUCGAGUACCCGAGCAUGGCCAACAUGUACGAGGGAGGCGGAGUCCUGGCGACGGAUUGCGGUGCCGUGAACCUGCUGGCCGGUGCCACGGUGGGCGGCGGGUCCGCCGUGAACUGGGCCGCGGCGUUCCGGACGCCGGAUCACGUCCGGCGCGAAUGGGCGCAGGGGCUGGGGCUGCCGCUGUUCGCCAGCGACGACUACGAUCGGGCCAUGGACGCAGUUUGCGCCAAGGGCGCAGUGCACUGCAGUUGCGAGCUGGAGAGCUUUCAGAACGCCGCGCUGCGCCGGGGCUGCCAGCGGCUCGGGGUCGACGUGGCGACCAUCCCGCGCAACGUGCGGGGCCAGCACGCCUGCGGCUUCUGCAACUUCGGCUGCUCCAAAGGGGAGAAGCUGGCCACGUCGGAGACCUGGCUGGUCGAGGCCACGGCCCGCGGAGCGCUCAUCCUCUCCAACUGCCGAGCCCGCGCCGUCCUCCACCGCGCGACCUCGACCUCGACCUCGGCCAAAGAUCGCGAAGCUGUCGGGGUGGUGGCCGCAGUCGGCGACAUUCUGCUGUUCAUCGAGGCGCGCGCGACCGUGGUCGCCUGCGGCAGUCUGAACACUCCGCCGCUCUUGCUGCGGAGCGGGUUUCGCAAUCGCAACAUCGGCCGCCAUUUCCACUGCCACCCCGUGAUCAUGGGCUGGGGGUACUUCCCCGAGGGCACGGGUCCCCGCGGGACGGUCUACGACGGCCCGAUCAUGACCGCGGUUUCUAAGCACUUGGCCAACUGGGACUCGGACUCCCGGGCUUACGGGUCGCUGCUGGAGGUGCCGAUCCUCCACCCGGGCAGCUUCGCGGGCAUCGUCCCGUGGACCUCGGGGUCCGCCCACAAGGAGAGGAUGCGCAAGUACGCGCGGACCGCGCACUUCAUCGUCCUGUGCCGCGACCAAGGCGCCGGGCGGGUGAUGCUGGACCGCAACGGGCAGAGCACCAAAAUCCUGUACCGCGUGCAGCCGGUGGAUGCGCCCAACAUGCUGCAGGCGCUCGAGCUCGGGCUGCGCUCGCUCGUGGCGGCCGGCGCUGUGGAGAUCGGCACGCACCACGUCGACGGCCACACGCUCGACGUUCUCUCGAGCUCUCGCGAGCAGCUCGACGAUUUCAUCCGCCGCGAGAUGGCGCUCGCCUCCCAAUCCCUGGCCCAGAAGGAUCUGAGCUACCCUGUGAGCUCGGCGCACCAGAUGAGCACCUGCCGCAUGGGCGCAGACCCCGAGUCCAGCGUCGUCGACGCCGGCGGCGAGGCUUGGGAGGCCGCGCGCUUGUUCAUCGCCGACGCCAGUGUCUUCCCCACAGCCUCGGGCGUCAACCCCAUGCUCACUGUCCAAUCCAUCGCUUACUGCACCGCUCACUCUGCGCUGCAAAAGCUGCGAUAAUUUGUCAGUCAGCUCGCCAGCCGGACCCUCAUCAUUAUCAUUAUCAUCAUCAUCGGCAGCAGAAGCAGCAGUUCUGUUUGCGCUACCCUCUCUAGGUCCUCGCUGCAUUAUUAGCCCUGGGUUCCGCGGACCGUGUCCCUUGUCUGCUCGCUCUGCUUCGGACGAUCGAGUGCGAACUCCCCACCCCUGUCUCGUAUAUCGAACCAAUCGACGAUGGCCACUCUUGCAGCACAUGAAAAGCAUGAUCUGGCUUGGGAAACCAAUAACUCACUCUCUCAGGAGGAACUCUGGGCCGAUCCUGAAAAUGGAUCCUUGCAGCUCGUAUUCUCGAAAACUUGUCACAUCUGCUGCAGAUCUUCAGGAAUCGCGUCACACAAAUCUAGUCCUUUCCACGAAAUAAGUUCAGGCAAUCCUCGACGGCUGACGACUGCCCUGUAUCAUAAAAAUGAGCAGACUUAUGGAUCCGUAACACGGGAUACUCUGAGCUACUCAAGGCGAUGGAGUUUUGUGAACGGGGUUGUACCCCCAUCUGAGAAUGUAAAGAAUAGAAUGGGACACGAUAAUUGCCAUCCCGCAACCUUGCUAGUUAGAAAAUCGGAAUGUGUUCAUCAUUCCACGGUGAAUAUAGGUGCUGUCACAGAAGCCUCCACUGCAACAUUGGAAGACCUUGCACGUAGAAUAUCUGGAUGUGUGGUACUAUGGCCAGUGCAGGAUAGUAAGUCAUCUGACUUGUGUGCAGAACGGGAGCUCUUCAUUUAUAUAUGUAAAGUUGACAUUCUGUCUG